GUUGUAGCCAUUAGCCGAGUUUGUGAGUUCACGAAGGCCGAAGCUCCUUCCACCCCGCGGCUCGCACUUUCCCUUCCCCGCUCUCACUUUCGCGGAAACACAAAAACCUCAUCACACCUUCUUCUUCGUCUUCCUUCUCAUAUAGAUUCACGCUCUCCGCACCAAAAACUGCGCGUUUUUCCGUUUCUACAUCUCGCCUUCUCUCUCUCCGCGCGCUCUGCGCCCUCUGGAAAACCCUAGAGUUCUCAGUUCUGGCGAAAGAGAGUUUUUAGAUUCGCUGGAAUGCUCACUUUCUUCCGUUCUAGGUGCCGCUGGUGCUAGAGAUUCUGGUUUCCUCCCGUCCUGUUGUAAUUAUGGAGAGAUCCGGCGACAAGGAUCUCAAAGACUUCACCGACUCCUCUAGCUCCCUCUCUGAUAGUGCACUGUUCGAUGCAUCCCAGUACGCGUUUUUUGGGCGAAAUGUUCUGGAGGAAGUCGAAUUAGGGGGUUUAGAAGACGAAGAAGAUAGUGUACCGGCUGAUGGUGGAGUAGUUGGUGGCAGGCUUGGCGAUGAAGAUAUACAGGAGUAUCAUUUGUUUGAGAAAGAUGAGGGAUCAGCAUUAGGUUCAUUAUCUGAUAUAGAUGACCUAGCAACUACAUUUUCAAAGUUGAACAGAGUUGUCACUGGCCCAAGACAUCCUGGAGUUAUUGGCGAUCGUGGAUCAGGAUCUUUUUCUAGGGAAAGUUCAUCUGCAGCUGAAUGGGCAAGAGAUGCAGAUUUUAAUGAAUGGUUCGAUCAGCAUUUAUCUGAUAGUGAAUGCUACCAGGAAAACAAAAAAUGGUCUUCUCAGCCACACCUCAAUUCAGUACAUCUUGCAGAGUCUAAACCACUAUACCGAACGUCUUCUUACCCCCAUCAGCCACAGAUCCAGCAGCUACAACACUGCUCCAGUGAACCAAUAUUGGUACAAAAGUCAUCUUUCACUUCCUUUCCUCCUCCUGGUGGCAGAUCACAGCAGGCUUCACCGCGCAGUCUUUCCCAUCACUAUGAUCUUUCAUCACAUGGGCCUCAGUCACCCUUCUCUUCUGCAAAUCUCUCUUCUAUGUCAAGCUCAAACAUGCAGUUGUCUAGCCUGCCCCACAGGGUCCACUACAAUGGAAACAUACCACAGUUAACCUCUUCUGGUCCAUCUCUAAAUAACCGGCUACAAAACCAUUGGGCUAACCAUCCAAACCCCUUCCAUAGGGAUUAUUCUGGCCUUUUAAACAACGUUUUGCCACAUCAGUUCCCACAUCAGAAUGGUUUAUUAUCCCCUCAAUUGAUGUCUCCCCAACAGCAAAGAUUACAUCUUUCUGUUCAACCUUCUUUAGCCCAUUUUUCUGCACUGCGUUCCCAAUUGUAUAAUUCUUUUCCUGCACCAGCUCACCUGAGUAAAUAUGGAACGCCUGAUGCGAGAGAUUCAAGAACUAAAUCACAUAAAAGUAAAAGUGUGCGGUUUUCUCAACAAGGCUCUGAUGCAGCUAGCCAGAAGAGUGAGAGUAAUGCCCCACAGUUUCGAUCCAAGUACAUGACUGGUGAAGAAAUCGAAAGCAUUCUCAAAAUGCAGCAUGCUGCUACACAUUGCAAUGAUCCGUAUGUAGAUGAUUAUUACCACCAAGCUUGCCUGGCAAAGAGAGCAGUUGAGUCUAGGUCAAAACAUCGUUUUUGUCCGAACAAGGAACAAUCUUCAAGGUCACGUAAUAGCACAGAAUCAUUGCCUCAUCUCCAUGUUGAUGCUGAGGGACGUGUUUCCUUUUCUUCCAUUCGUAGGCCCCGACCUCUUCUUGAAGUUCAUCCACCAGGCUUUUCUUCUGCUGAUGGUAGUCACGACCAAAAAACAUCUGACACUCCUUUGGAGAAGGAACCUAUGCUUGCGGCUAGAAUAACUAUAGAGGAUGGUUUCCAUCUUCUCCUUGAGGUGGAUGACAUUGACCGGCUUCUUCAGUUUAGUCAGCCCCUAGACGGUGGUGCCCAGCUCAGACGGAAACGACAGAUGCUGUUAGAAGGCAUGGCAGCGUCGCUUCAACUUGUUGACCCACUUGGGAAAACCAGUAGCCAUGUCGGGCUGAAUCCUAAAGAUGACAUUGUGUUCUUAUGGCUGGCUUCAAUUCCUAAAGGCAAACAGCUGAUUUCAAGGUACCUUAAGCUUCUUAUUCCUGGUUCGGAGCUUGCCAGAAUAGUUUGCAUGGCCAUUUUUCGCCAUUUGAGGGUACUGUUUGGUGGGCUUCCAUCUGAGCAAGGAUCAUCUGAGACCAUUUCUAAUCUUGCAAAAAUUGUGUCAAAAUCUGUAUGUGGAAUGGAUCUUAAUUCACUAAGUGCUUGUCUAGCUGCUGUAGUUUGUUCCUCAGAGCAGCCACCUCUGCGCCCGCUUGGAAGUCCAGCUGGAGAUGGAGCCUCUAUAAUCUUAAAAUCAGUUCUUGAUAGGGCAACUUACCUUUUAAAAGAUCCUCAGGCAUCCCAUAGCUAUAGCAUGCCUAACCCAGCCCUUUGGCAGGCAUCUUUUGAUGCCUUUUUCGGUCUUCUUACAAAGUAUUGUGUUAGUAAAUAUGAGAGCAUAAUGCAAUCCAUUGCUCAGACCCAAGCAAGCACAGAGAUGAUUGGUCCAGAGGCUGCAAGGGCGGUGAGCAGAGAAAUGCCAGUAGAACUGUUACGUUCUAGCCUUCCACACACAAAUGAGAACCAAAGGAAAUUGCUGCUGAAUUUUGCUCAGCGUUCCAUGCCUGUAACCGGAUUCAAUAGUCAUGGUGGAAGCAGUGGGCAAAUAAAUCCGGAAUCUGUGAGCUGUUAGCUGAUAUUGGAAGGUACUAUUUUAUUGGAGUUGUCCAUCCAAUCAUCCAUAAUUCUCAAGGUCCAUCACCUUGCUUCUAUUGCCUAAUGCUCAUUCUGCUAUCACGGAAGAGCAGAAUGGAAUCACGGGUAUGCAUGAUAUUGUAGGCAUCUUUUUAAUGCCGAAGACUCGUUCUCCUCCCGCUCUUCAUUGUUUCCAUAUUCCAGUCCCCGCCCUUUUUCCUCCUCUCCUUGUCAUUAAUUUCCCCUUCUCAGUUUCUAUUUUAGUUUCGAAAAUAUGGUGUCUUUGUGGCAAUGUUUUACAUAACUUUGUAAUGUGUCAAAACGUGACAAGAUGUGUCACUUGAUCUUCUUUCUUCACAAGAGCUUUAUUUUUUAUGCUCUUCUGUAAACAUGGAUAUAAGCUCAGGGUAUGUACAGGUCUACCAUCGAAAGUUUCAGUAACUGCUGUUUCACCCGCCCUUCUUCUCCCCACCUUUGGGGGAAAAAGAGAAGAAAAAUGCAUCUUAUUCACCUGCAGAGAUGUGGCUGUGUUGCGGGUGAAGAUGAUUUAGUUCCGAGUUCUGCAGGUUCCAUACGAAGACAUUCUCUAGGCUGGCUUUUAACUCUUGACAACAGAAUUAUAAUAAUCAGAUGUCAUUGUUUCUCUAGGAUUCCUGGAUUACAUUAUGCUGAAUAUUUUCUGAAGCAUAAUUUGCAUUACCACUUGUUGUAAAUUUGGUGAAAAGGAUGCAUGGAUUGGACCCUGCAGAUAUUGUGCUGCUGCUUCCAUGCAAUUUGAACUGUUAACAUUUAUGUUGAAUGUCAGAUCUCCAUUGUCAAUCUUAGUUUUGCUGGAUGUUCAGUCUACUGUCUGAAUAAGGUUGGAUUACAUUGACCAUGGUACCUUUCUUUUCUUUUAUAUUACGGAAAGGUCACAAGACUUGCAGAUGACAAAUUAUGUUGUGCUUUUGGGGGCAUUUCAUGUUCAUUUAAGUUGUAUUUUAUGUUCAUUUUCUGUCCUCUCAUGGAUCAUAAUGCAACAGUUGACUUAUAUUUGUUAA